ACAAGAAAAAAAACUGAGAAGCGACUAACCUUGUAUGAAUGGGAAAAACAAGUGUCAAAGCAAAAAAAAUAGUAGUGAAGACUCGCUAUUUAAAAAAAACAGGGAAAAAACUGAGAAGCCACUUAGCUGAAGAUGCAGAAUCCAGUCGAAAUAGAGACAAGAGGCAAAGUUGAAACAGAGAGGCAGAAGAGUGGGACGGAGAAAAGAUAUAUUAAAGAUUUUGAGGUAAAGGACCCUCAUAGAGUUGGGACAAUUACAGUCCAAUUGGCGGGAAGGGUCACUGAUUGCCGUGCUCUCUCGCAUAGACAAGAUAUCAAGGCUCAGAACAUUGAAAGUUAUGCAAAACGUACAUUACCAACCCGUCAGUGGGGUUAUGUUGUGAUAACAACACCAAAUGGAGUUUUGGAUCAUGAAGAAGCAGUUCGACAAAACGUCGGUGGUCAAGUCCUUGGGUACUUCUACUGACCAAACUCUAGCAAAGUCCCACAACCGGCAAAACCCCUUCUGCUUUUCGAACAUUUAUGGUCUCUCUCAUUUACAUGAGUAUGAAAUGAAAAUGCAAAAGACAUAACAUUGCUGAAUACAUUAUCUGUAUGGACAAUGGAUGCCCCCCCCCCCAACCCCCCAAAGAUUUUAACGUUUUUUUCCUAGUGCAUUAUAUUCUUACAGACAGCCUCCUUAAAUGCCAAUCUGAUUAUAGUUUUGGUGCUGUUAAUCCCAAAUAAUAAAUAAAUGCUGAGUUACGUG